AGUACUCGGCUCAUGGAACAAGAGCAUUCAGGACUAUCUCGUUCUUACAUCCUUCACAGAUCGUACGAAGAAACAUUGGGUGGCCUUCAAAGUUCACCAGCGGAGUGAUUUCGGAGCUAUCGGACUUAGCAACUCAGUAAUCCUCCGCUCAGCCACCUCAAGCACUCGACGCUUCAUUCCCACCAAAAUCGAUGAUGUAGCCCCACACAUUUGCGUAGUCAUGGGAGAAGAGGCACUGGUCCCCAAGCGACGCAGGACCUGUGUGAAAACCGGAUGCCGCACAUGCAAAAUCCGCAAAGUCAAAUGCGAUGAAGGACGCCCAGCCUGUCGGCGAUGCGUCUCUACGGGCCGAGUGUGCGAUGGGUAUGGCGUCUGGGGCGGCGGGGGAAAUUACUACGGCAGUCGGCAGCCAAAGACCGUUUCGAAGAACGACAAGAGCUUUUCCCCUAGACCACAUACAUCUAUGGCGGUUCUUGUAGGGACGAGCAAAGAGAGACUCUACUUCGAGUGGUUCACGUGCCGCACUGCGAAGAAGCUACCGGGCGCCUUUGUGCUGCGCUUUUGGGACACACUGCUUUUCCAAGCGUGCGUAACGGAGCCGGCGGUAUUGCAUGCUGUGCUGACGUUGAGCGCUAUACACAAGAGUGAUGGAUCGCGCGCCAGUGCGACUGCUCCCGACGAGCAGGAGCAGUUUAUGCUGCAGCACUACACCAGGGCAAUCCGCGACUUGCAGCCCCAUUUCUCAGUCAAGGCUAGGGCAUCUGUUCGGAUUGCUCUAAUCGCCUGCUUCGUCUUUACUUGUCUGGAGUUCCUUCGCGGGCGCUUUGAGACGGCGAAGGCGCACCUUCAGAACGGGCUCAGAGUGCUCAAGGAAUCGCAAAUGCCGUGCAGUGGAGAAGACUCAGUUCUUGUCUUGAAACCCUCGGACGACCCCAUCGACGACUGGAUCGCAGAAGCCUUUUCCAGACUACACGUCCACGUGGAACUCUUCAAACAGACAUAUGUCCACACAUCCUUCAUCAUCCGGCCUCCGCUCUCGGAAUCUCCAGUCUCCAGCUUCGUCUCCCUCAACCAAGCCUGGCAGAACCUCGAGUCCCUAUUCCACCAGAUCUUCCACCUAACGGAACGGCUGCGCCAGCAACGCUCUCUCUCUCCCACCCACCCUAAUCUAGCGCUCCUCGCACACCAGCAAUACAUCCAAGCCUCACUCAGCCACCGGCAAUCCAUAUACAAGGCCUCCGAAGCUCGUCUCCAGGCAAAUCAAGAUCCCCGCGGUCUUUCCUGCCGCCUGCUCUACGUAUACCACACCAUGGCUGGCAUUAUGGCUGGCACUUGUCUACGGCCAGCAGAUGACGAGUGUUUCUACGACGCUUACCUUAAAGGCUUCCUCUCGAUCCUGCACCAAUCAAUCGAGAUGUGGAAAUCCGGCUCGAGCACGUCACUCCAAGAGCGACCCCCAGGCGGUGCAAGUAUGCAUAUGUCGAAGUCGCUUGCGGACAUCGGAUGGAUAGCUCCGCUGUAUUACACAGCGAUCAAAUGCAGGGUGCUGAGGAUUCGGCUGCAUGCGAUUCGGUUGAUCGAGAGUGCGAGUCAUAGGGAGGGGAUGUGGGAUUCUAGGAUUGCAAGCUGUGUUGCGAGGAAGGUAUUGUGCAUUGAGGAAGGGGAGUUGUGUCAGGGUGCUGCUGCUGACUUGGAGGACGACCAAGUUGAGCUUGGCAGCCCUCCGCGGCUGAGCGAUUGCGAAGUGUCGAGUUUGCCGGAAGAGAAUAGAGUUUGCGAGCUUAGAGUGGUAUUGGACGACGGAGUGGUGGAUAGUGUAUUGGUGGAGUACAGACAUGGAUGGAGUGCUGCAGAGUGGAAGCAAAUUCACGUGGCGCUCGGAAAUAAUAGGUAAUCCACGUAGACGUUGUUCAGCUAAAUCGAAAUGAACCCC